UAAUACUCACACACACACACAUGAAUGUGGUUACAUCUCCAAGCAAAACUUCCACCAGAACAAGUUGCAGCUGAUUGUAACGUUGGAUCUUCACAAAGCUCAUAAUGCCCACUGCCCACGUAAACAUCUUCUUACUGGGACUUGCCCUGGUCCACGGCUACGUCAACGAAUUUGACAGACCAUUUUCUUUCAAGUGUGGUGAGAACAAGAUCAUCAGUCAUCUUUCUAGCGUCCAUGACAACCGCUUCGAGGACAGGGUGUUUGACAUUUUUUGCCGAAGCGUAUCUUUCACUAGAAAUUGUGCACAAUCAGAUUACGUCAACGACUUUAGGAAGCCCAUCAACUUUGUGUGUCCUUCAAAAAAAUUCCUAACGGGCAUAGAGAGCUACCACAAGAACGAGUUUGAAGAUCGAAGGUUCAGGUUCACCUGCUGCACUGCAAGCGAGAGUCCUGGUGGCUGCAACACCACCAGCUACCUCAACGAGUAUGACAGUGAGAUGACGUUCAGUUUACCGCAGGGUCAAGGCAUCAGGGGUUUGCGGAGCUCAUUUAAUCGUUACUACCACGACAGACGCUGGAGAUUAACUCUAUGCAAACUGUAAUGCUGUAAUGAAAAUGGCACUCGUAGAAAAUUCUUUGCCAAAAUAAAUUUCUCUCUUGAAUUGUAAAA